AUGGCUUUCAAUUUGGCAGGGCUUUGCAAGGAAGUAAACUGUAUCAAGGGAACCUGCGACGAUACAUUAACAGGCAAUCUGUCGAAUUUGGUUCCUCGCUGCCAUUGCGACCCAGGCUGGAGUCAGCCCGACAUUGGAAUUGCAGUCCCCUUCCUCCCCUGCGUUAUUCCUAACUGCACACUGAAUCAAAACUGCAGUAGCGGAAUCUCAUCACCGGCUCCUCCUCCCCCGCUGAUUCCUCCCGCCAAUCAUCCACCGUGUUCAGCUUCAGCUUGUGGAGAAGGGGGGUCCUGCCAGCUAACGUCUAAUUUCAGCUACGUUUGUAAGUGCAGUGAAGGGUAUGUGAAUCUUCUGAAUUCGACGGCAGCCCCGUGUAUUAGAGAAUGUAAGAUCUCGGCCUCCUUCCUUGUUACCAGCCAAUUCAAGGCUUUUCAUUUCGAAUUUCUUUGCAAUUUGCGUUUUACAAAAUAA